UUCAAUUAUAACCCGGCAAAAUAUGGAAGAUUCAAAUGAUAUUGACUUUCUUAGUAAGAGGAUUCAAUUCGCAAGUGGCGACGUAGCUGAUAGAUGCGCACAACAAAUUCAUGGCAAAACAAAACAAUCAACAAAAGUUUAUUUUUAAUCGCCUUGCAGCGCCACUUGCUCAGUUGCGUUCGUAGCGAGGGUUCGCGGGGAGUCCGCCUGGGUCCCCUGUCCGCGAAUUUCCGUGCUAUUUGCACGAUUCAAUUUAUAGUGCGUCAUCAGGAGUCGGAGUUUCAUUACAAUAACUGUAUCAGACCGUGACCAGCCAUGAUUAGUUAUCCAUUGAUGAAGCGGCUGGGCAUGACGGCGGGCGGGCUGGUGCCGUUCUUCAAGUGCGUGAUCGUGUACUUCGUGGUGGUGCGCGAGCUGGCGCCGUCGCUGACGGUGGCGGCCGGCAAGUGCGCGCCCGUGCUGUGCCUCAUGCUGUUCGCGCUGCUGCACCCGCCGCCGCCGCACGUGCGCGACCAGGGCUGGUACGCGUCGUGCGUGGCGACGGGGCUGGCGCUGUCGAUGGUGGGCGACGCGCUGCUGGUGUGGCCCGAGUGCUUCGAGGCCGGCAUGGGCGCCUUCGCGCUGGCGCACCUCGCCUACCUCGCCGGCCUCGGCUUCCGCCCGCUCGCGCUGCACCUCGCGGUGGCGUGCCACUGCGCGACGGCGGCGUUCCUGCUGCUGCUGGAGCUGCCGGGGCGGCUGGCGUGGCUGGUGCCGCUGUACGCGGCGCUGCUGGCCAGCACGGCGUGGCGCGGCGCGGCGCGCGGCGGCCGGGCGGCGCUGGGCGCGCUGCUGUUCCUCGCCUCCGACGGCCUGCUCGCCUACGGCAUGUUCGGCGGCCCCAUGCGCCACAACCAGCUGUGGGUGAUGUCGACGUACUACAUGGCGCAGAUGGCGCUGGCGCUCAGCGUGCUGGACCCCACGCCCGAGGACUAGGCGCGCCGGACCGCGGCCGCGUGCAGACGCCGCUGGACUUAGAGGACCAUCAGAAAUGAGGAGAAGCGAGCUGGUAAAACAACAAGACGACUGGAGUUCCCAGGUGUCUGCCGAUUUUCAAGAUCGGUGUAAGAUUAUUGUUCAUAUGGUAUGGUUGUAAUUCUUCCAUGAUUUAAUCGUUGGUGUUUAUGGUGUUAUACAGGUAGUUAGAUCUUAGUGUAAUGAGUUUGUGUCGUACGUAGUUAAGUAAUUUGUUUGGACAGUAUCGGUAAGAGUGCGGCAAGUGGGAAAGUAUGUAUGCACAAAAGUUGUGGAAACGGUCUGUGAUAUGCGUCAGUCACUGUCUUCUCAUUAUUUUAAAUACUAAUAAUGUUAUUUUAAAAACGAUAAACUUUGAGGAGUCAUUGAUUUUGGAGUGUUAAGUUCGACAAGAAGAUGCGUGCAAUGGCUCUCGUGUUUGGUAUCGAAUAACCAAUUGGCUCACAAAACAGAGUUGUUAGCGAGUGCCAAAGAAUAUUAAGUCGAGCGUCUGACGCAAAUGUUUGUCUUUCUUCUUGAAAACGUGUAUGUUAUCCGUUUAUGUUGGUAAAUAAUCCAAAAGACUAACUAAGGUCCAUAAGAGGGCUUGUGAUCCAGAAUGAAUCUUUGUAUUUGUGAUAUCAUUAGGUAUAUCCGCCUUUGCUAUUUAGGAAUCCUAUCGACAAUAUCACGUUAACUAAAUACUGUAGAUAAUAUCAUGACAUUUCACAUUACGAAAUGUAUAUUUUACGAAUUUUGUACAUUCCUAUUGUAUUUAAUUUAUCUGACUUAUGUGUGCUGACCUUUUGACACGUGGAAGAUGAGCGAGCUUCCGUAACUUACGGAGAACGAGUUCUACAUCUAUUUGUAUAAAACAAACCACUUCAAACGACUAUGUGACGCCAUUGGAAAGUCAAUCCGGCUCAUCAAACAAAUGGUCUCAAGGUAAUGAUAUACAGGGUGGUGACCCGUUGGUGGGCGAUCAUACAAAAGGAUUAAUUCUACUGCUCAUGUGCAGGAACAAUGACCAAAAAAAUGACGUUCCCAUACUUAAU